UGGCCGGGCUAACAUUAACAAACAGGCGGAUGUUAAUUGGAGUGUGCAGUUGAAUCGGGCACAAAAUGACAAAAACUAAAUUGAAACCCCUAUCAGUUUAAACCAUUCCUCUCAUUUUCUCUUUUCUCCUCUACCAAAUCCUCUUACCCCACACAUCGGCGAACACACCACGCCGGCCAUCGUCCAUUGUCGGCGAAACUCCGAUGCUAGUACGUUGUUUGGCAUCCUCCUCCUCCUUUUCUGCUUCUUCUUACAAUGAUGUUCCUUGUUUUCUGUUUUGAACAAAUUGGUGGCGAUACCGGCGGGAUUCUUCAGGUGAACGAAUGUGGGCCAAUACCAACGGGCUUUGAUCUGUUGAAAAGAGAAAACAAAAACCCUUUGUAAGAAGAAGAAGAAGAAGAAGGCCGGCGAUGCCCGCUAGUUCGGGUCACCGUCCGCUGUGGUAUGGGAGGGAGAAUAAGGGAGGAACGUGAACCGAGUGUUUUUCAUUUGUUUUUUGUCUUUUUGUGACCGGCUAUCCCAUGUUAACGGUUGUAAUCUUGGCCCUGGUCGAUUGUGAUUGAUGGGUUCAAGCGUCAAGUGAACCCACCGGUGCAUAGAACGCGCCGACUAGUUCUAUCUCCCAGGUAAAUGGACCCAUCUAUUGAAGGUGGUUGGCCCGAGGGGUAAACUUUCAAAUUAGUGGACCCGAACCGCCGAACGUGCAUACUGUAUCUGAACUCUGAAGCCAAAGAGCGUGGAUAGAACAGAGUGGCAACACCGUUACACAACCUUCGCCUAUGAAAAAUCAAAAUCCAAAUGCAGCGGAAACGAAAAAACGCGGCAGCAGCUUCCGAAAGUGCGCGGCAACUGGAAAGGCUUUUACUUUACCCAAGGAGCAGAUCCCGUACCGCCUUAGAGGCCAUACCAACUCAACACUCAUGCUAGUGGCGGGUCAAUAUUGGGUUGAAUGACCUAAAUAGGCUUUAGCGUCAGCGGAAAAGAGCGGUUGGGUCGAGGGUAACCAUGUCAGGGUGGGUUGGGUUGAGGUUGCAUCAACUGAGCUGAGCUAUUGGAGUCAUUGAGGGUCAGUUUUAGGAUUCGAAAGUAACCAAUAAGGCAAUGUUACUUCUCACACUCUCUGACGUCCGAACACUCAUCCUCACUCUCCCAAGGUUCAUUCGCUGCAAUAUCGCCGGCGACCAGCUUCAACGUCGCCAAAACAAGCUUGUCACCUGCACCAGUGUGAACGUCGCCGGUGUCUGUUCAAAUAUCUCUUCUUCUCCUCUCUGUUUAGGGUUUGUUCAAAUCGCCAAAACAAGCUUCAACGUUUGUGGUUUCUCCAACGUCGCCGGUGUUUCUUCCCCUUCCACUUGUCAAGGCUGAAUAUUAUUUCCUGUCCAUCUGCAUCCAUUCUGCAACGUCACAGGAAUAAAGUCAGAAGUUGGAGCUAGAGAACUCUUAAAGACAUCACAAGGUUUUGUGGAGUACAUCAUGCCACUUGUAAAUUUGGUGACGACUCAGGAAAGAUGAGGGAAGCUGCAAAAACAUCUGCUUAAAAACUUAUCCGUGGCAGUAGCAAAUAUCUUUUGCUCCAUUUUUGUGCAACAAUUGAAUUGAUUUUGGAGGUUUGUUUGAUUGGGAGUUGGUUUCUCAAUGUCGUUGCUUGAGGUCAUCAAGAAAGCUAUAGUUGAUUCUGGGACUUUUAUGACUCAGUUCAAGUAUCCGAUUAUUCUGAAUGCUGAUGUGAUUUUACCUAAUUUGAAGCCUGAAAGUGGGGGUUCCAACGAGAUUUAUCCAAUCAAACACAUGGGAGGAUGGAGGAUAUCUGAUACGGAUUCCGAUAUCAUUGAACUAGGGAAUCAUUUCGUCAAUAAAUUGAAACGGAAGCUCAAGAACCCUAAAUCUUUGAACCAGGGUGAAUUUCUAGAGAUUCUAAAUUUGUUUCUUGAGAAAAAUGGGGAAAAGGUUAGUUUAGCAUGUCAUGUUGAUUCGUCUGACUCCAGUUACACCUGCCUAAUGAUUGAAAAGUUGGGAUUUUUGAUCAGUCGGGAUGCUAUUGUUUUAAUUUUGGAGGCUUCUUUAGUUCUGGAGCUUUGGGAACUGUUGGAGACAAUAAUUGUUCAAGGGCUUGUUAUUCAUUCUUCUUCUAGUAAUUUGGUGCAGUCUCUGAUUGAGAAGAACCGGUCAGACUUGCUUUGUCUAUGUAUCAUGCAUAUAUCGGAUCUUCAGUUACCAGAUCUUCUUAGCAUAUUGAAAUACUUCUUGUCUCUUCCCAAACAUGCUUACAAUAGUGUGAUCAGUGUGAGAAAAGAAUGGGAGAGCCAAGCUCUUUUAGCUAUUGAGAAGGCAACCGGCCAAAACCUUUCUAAAAAGAGAUCUGACUUGGCAAAGCAAGCUUCAGUCUUGCUCAUGAAAGCCUAUGAUGGCUUUUCUACCUUUGAACUCUGUUUGCAUUAUGUGUUUGCAUCCCCAAACCUUGAUGAGCUGACAUUGUCAUCUUCUGUUAGGAGGCUCAAUGGUUCUGAAAUGUUGAGCUUAAUUAGGUAUUUAGGGAAAUGGUUGAGGAAGUAUGAGAAGUUUCCACAAUCUGGUCCAUGUCCAAAAGCAGCAUCCAAGCUGGGACUGAAAGCCUGUCAAUGGGUACCUUCCCUUGAAACAGUUGUGAAGAGUCUUGGAUUGGUGCUGGAUGAUUAUUUCUCUUCCUUGGUGCUGUACUCUGAGUUUCAUGAAGAGCUGAAGUUGAUAGAAGAUGUUGUAAAGUCUUUAGCCUCUGAAGCUAGGUUAUGUUGCUCAAUAGAAAAUGUACUUCAGAAUUUGAUAAAAGAUGUUGGGCUUUGUGAAGGAUUAUUUCCCAGGGAUGACGCACGUGUGUGUGUGUGAAAAGCUACAAAUAUUCUUAGAGCCUCCCCCAACACAAGUUAAUCCUUGGAUUCUUUAAUUGACCAUGCAACACUCAGAUACAGGUCUUUCGGAUAUCAAAGGCUAUGGGUGCUGAUAGGGAAAAAACUAUGACUCCAUAUUAACAAACAGAUCCCAACCCAAGAGAAUGACCUUUCUUGUCAAGCACAAGAAGAUGUACAAAGAAGGGGGUUUUCCAGCAAGGAGUUGCCUCCUCUGACCAAUCCUGCUCUCUUACCCCUCUAUCAAAUUACUGUUGCACCACUGAUUUGAAAUAAAAUAAACAAUUUAUUAAGUUGGGAGAGGGGAGGUUUCUUACUCCCAAUCUCGUGGCAUCUUUAAGUCAAU